CCAGAUGACUUGGAAAAGCUGGAGCCAAUCGUGUCUAGCAGUGCGAAAAGAACCUGAAAAACUAUAAAUUCUAAUAUAUUCCAUUAUCCUUUUGAGCUUUUGAUUCUGAUUUCUUAGUAUGUCACACCAAAUAUAGCAAAGGAUAACCCCAUCACAUUUCUUAUUUCAAAGAUGGCACUCCUCUUCUCGUUACCUCCGCCUUCUUCUCCUUCCUCCUCUUCUCCUUCGUUUUCUUCACAUUGUUUUACCAUUUCACUCUCUUCCGGCCACCAAUCCUGUCGCCGUAUCCGGUUUCUGCCAGUCGCAGCUACCACCACCACUCACAAUCGUCAGCAUUCCAUUCCUCUUGACAAGUCUUCGCUAGCUGUUGCUGAAGCGUCGGAGGAGGACCAGCUUUGGGCAGCCGCUUGCCUCCGUGUUCGCUCCUUCUAUGACUUCCAGGCUUCCUCCUAUGGCAUCCAUGAUCAUAAAAGGUACUUGGCGGAACGUGAAUUUGUUGCGCUAAAGGAAAGAAUUGCUGGGAAGAGGGAGGGCUUUAAGAGAGUUUCUUGCAUAAAUGCUACGCUUCCAUUGUCACAAUUGUCAAGCUCUGAAAAUGAUUUAUGUGCUGCAUGUAAGUUUACUUCCAAUGGAGAGGAUAGAGUAGUUGUUGGAACCCUUGAUCUUAACCAAUGUCUUUGGCUUCCAGAAGAAAUAGCUGGAACAAAACCAGAGGGGAUUGAAGCUGAUUUUGGAAGAGCAUACUUGAGCAAUGUAUGUGUUGCAAGGGAACUGCACAGAAAUGGCUUAGGUUAUGACAUUGUCACAAAAUCAAAGAUAGUUGCCGAAGAAUGGGGCAUAACUGAUCUAUAUGUACAUGUUGCUGUCGACAAUGAGCCAGCGAAGAAUUUGUACAUGAAAAGUGGUUUCAUUCAUGAAAAUGAUGAGCCUGCUUGGCAAGCUAGAUUUCUAGAUAGGCCCCGACGGAUUCUUUUAUGGAUUGGUCUUCCUUGCACUAAUGAGUUGUAAACUUAUAAUAUUAUAGUCAUUUCAUCUUGUUUCCUGUUCUUGUUAUUAUACGUUUUGAUUCCAUGCACGUUUAUAUCAUUUGGAAAACUGUCCCAUUUCAAAAUGCAAUAUAAUCUAUAAACUAUAUAAUAUAAAAGGAAGUUCCAAAUACCUUCCUUCUUUGACA